UCAUCUCACCAGUUCAGACCGUAACCUGUUUGUUUUGGUGACUUGGGAAACAGUUGGAGCCGGGGAGAGUUCGCCUGAGAUGGGGAGGGUGUAUGUGAAAAGAGAGGAACAAAAAAAUCGAAAAAAGGUUAAAUCGAGGUACAGAGGGAAAUGAUCGACACGAGUGAGGAGAGAACAGCAGAGAGAGUGGGGAAAAUAGAAUGCGCAAGCAAGGAAGGAGUUUCAGGAUGUCGUCUUUCCUGGACAAGUGGCUGUGGCAUCAUGAAUAUUGGCUUCCUCCAGGAAUCACAUGGAAAGAUAUGGAAGAUUCAGAUCAUGACCGAUAUCCACGGCCUCGUGACCUUUUCAUCUCGAUCCCAUAUGCGUUUGUGUUUAUCGCUGUCCGUUAUCUGUUUGAAAGGUUGAUUGCUUUGCCUCUGAGCAAGCAGAUGGGUGUGAAGGAGAAACCCAGAAGGAAAGCCUCUCCUAAGCCAACCUUGGAGAAGGUGUACACGUCACAGAGCACAUGUCCGAAAGAGAAUGAACUCCUUGCCCUUUCCAAGCAGUGUGACCUCUCUGUCCAGGAGUUAAAGGUUUGGUUUCGGCACCGAAGAAAUCAGGACCGACCCAGCAUCUCUCAGAAAUUCUGUGAAGCCAGGUGUUCUGAUAUUAUAGUUGUCACCUUUUUUCUUCCAGAGAACAUACUGGCUUGA